CUCCAGCUUUUCGACACGGAACAAAGUAAAAAAUCGGCGCAACAAAAAUGAAGGUUCUAGUUACCGGAGGAAACCAAGGAAUCGGCUUUGCCCUGUGCCGGCAGCUCGCCCURGAGCACAACUGCCACGUCCUCUUGUCGGCCCGAUCGCAACAAAAGGGAAUGGACGCCGUCUCCAAAAUCGACGAUGCCAUCGGCAAGUCUCCGGGGUGCAAGGGAUCCGUGGAUUUCUUGGAGCUCGACACGACCAGCGACGAUUCCGUGGCCGCCGCCGCCGCCAAGUUUGCGGCAACGGUGGGGGGAGAUCCCUCCCAGAAGCUCGGGGCCAUUGUCAACAACGCCGGGAUCGGUCUGAAUACGGGCCACACGGGGGACAUCCUCAACACGAAUUURUACGGGCCCAAGCGCGUCUGCGACCAUUUUGUCCCGCUGCUGGACGAGUCGAGCGGCCGGAUCGUGAACAUGGGGAGCGGAUCCGGUCCCAUGUACGUCUCGGGGGUCCGCAACCGGCAGGACSGGGCCAUGUUGUGCUCCGGACCGGAGGGCGAGGCCACCUGGGAGGAGCUCGUCGACCACGCCWCGAAGAACCUCAACGGUUCGGAUGCCUACGGGCUGAGCAAGGCAUUGCUGGCGUGCUACACCGGGAUCCUGUCGCGGGCGCACCCGAACCUGACCGUCAGCUGCRUCACGCCGGGUUUCAUCGAUACGCAAAUGACGGCGGGGUGGGGUGCCUCCAAAACGCCCGAACAGGGCACCCUCGCGAUCAAGAAGUGCCUCUUCGAGACACUCAAGCACGGGAGCGGCUGGUACUACGGGAGCGACGGCGUCCGGUCCCAGUACCACUUYAUGCGAAAUCCGGGCGAACCAGAAUACGACGGCGUCAAUCCGUUUCURUAGACUCUCUCUAAUGGCACCAAAACAAGACUGCUCGUACUUUCCAGCGCCAAAACUUGCUGGAAAAUUAAAGCGCUAGAAUGCAAUGAAUUUGCUGAUUCACACGCUCCAGAAGACAUUUGAUUUCAAAAGCAUGCUUCGUCAGCAGAAAAUCAAAUCAGUAAAGUACUUCGUAAAAA